AUGGUAUACUGUGGAAAGCCUAGUAAAGGCUGCGCAAACUGUCGGAAAAGAAAGAUUAGGUGCGACUUGACCGAACCGUCGUGCCUCCAGUGCCAGAGAGCUAGAUUCUCAUGUCCUGGGUAUCGCAAUCUGAUGGAGCUGAACUUCCGAGAUCAAUCCCAAGACGUCGUUCAGAAAGCUCAUACGAAAAUUGAAUCCCGCAUCUCCAGCGCGAAAUGGAAGUCCCAAGAUUUGCGAUACAAACGACUUCCAAGUACUUCUAGCGACUCUAAUCCAAAUCGAAAUCAGAAAUGGCAAAUAGGCCAUGCCCUUUCUACGAGCCCGAGCGACCAGUCCAUCUGUGUCUUUCUGCACAAUUACGCACCAGACGACUCGGUUGUGAUGAAAGUGCAUUUGACUACCUCGCAAAUUACUAGCCAAGCAAAUUCGUGCAAAGCUGUUCGCUGCGCUAUAUCUGCAAUUGGCCUUGCGGUCAUCGCAAAUACAACAUGCCAACCCAGUCUCCUGGCAGAGGCAAGAGGGGAGUACGCUACCGCAUUACAUCUGACUAAUAUGGCUCUCAAGAAUGAGAGAAUGUCGUUAGAAGACACUACUCUCAGCUCUGUAAUUUUACUUGGGAUGUUUGAGGUGAUGGCUGGUGCAGCUCCCAAGUCGGUGGAUAACUGGCAAAAGCAUAUAAACGGCGCUGCGACGCUUUUACGGAUAUGGGACUCUCGUCAACAUUGGACGCUCACUGGCAUCCAGCUCUUCAUGCAACUAAGAGCUGCGGUGAUGGCGAACUGUCUUCGAACCCAAACCCGUGUACCGGAAAUGAUAAAAGAGCUAUCGAUAGUUGUAAAGCUAUACAGGUCUGAAGACACUUUCCAUUCUGAGAAUUUGAUAAACCUGGUGGCUGAAGUCAGCGACUUCAUCGCCAAGAUAAAAGCUGAUGGGAUACCUUAUUACAUUGAAGUAAUAGAGAGGGCACAGGACCUCGAUAAAAGACUUGAAGCAUGGAGCUCUAGUCUCCCUACCCGUUGGAACUACGCUGUCCAUACUUACUCAGGAAGUCAACGCCUAGCACCUGACCAUACUUGCAACGGCAACUACCAUCUCUAUCCCGAUAUGUGGGCAUGCAACAUUUGGGCAUACUAUCGGACUGCUCGUAUUAUCGUAAACUUGGUUAUUCGAGAUCGGAUACCACCACAACUAAGCGCUUCUCACUGGGAAAGCAUAUUUAAUUCCGCUAAUGGAAAUAUUGAAAGUCUUUCGGUGGAUAUUCUUCUCAGUGUUCCGUUCUCGCUCUCUCUUCGGUUCUCUCCCCCUUCAUCGAAUGAAGGCGAUUCGCGAGCUGGGGGUUGCUUGGGUGGAUACUCCAUACUAUGGCCUCUUUAUGUGGCAGCUAGUGUCUCAGCUCCUGACUCUCUACAUCGAAAAUUGGCUGUCAGCCACCUAGAGUAUAUAGGGCACGCCAUGGGUAUUGGACAAUCAUUUCUUAUGGCGAAAGUUGUCAGAAAUGAGCUUCCGCAUGAAAAUUUGUCGAUAUAUGAUUACUGUCGGUCGUACCGUCCCAGCAUUUGA